CAACGCAAUCAAGAAAACGUGGCAAACCAAGUGGUGACUCAACGUGUACGAUUGGACUUCCCAAAUUCAAAAAGUCUGCUGGUCCAAUUCCUUUCGUUCGAAUGCACCCGAAAGAAAAGGAAAGAGAGAUGCUGUCGUGGUUCACUUCGCAAAAGAAUGCUGACCUGGCUAUCCAAGAAGAAUGCCUGAUUAGCCAUGCCAUGGUACAAGAGAAAGAAGUUCAGCAUCCUGGAAUCGGUGAUGAUUUCAAUUUCAAUCUCAUCAAAAGGUACUUCUCGCCAUCGGGAUGGAAAGCUGCGAGUUGCGCAAUCAACACUUUUUCAAAAAACAAAUCAUCGCGCUAUUCUUGCAACGGCUGUUUCAAGACGUUUGAUGUUAAAGAAGAAACAUCAAUACAGUGUGACAGAUGUCUGCAUUGGUACCAUAUAUCGUGUGUGCUUUUAAAGAAAGCAAAACAAAACAUUGGUUUUGCCGUUACUGCAGAGGAAGCCAUCAAAUCAAUGUAA